GCCAUUAUACCGAAGAAGAAGAAGGUUGGCUGUGAUGUUGAAAGCGAUCAACCAGCAUCUCCGUUUCAUCCGGGAUAGUUUUCUGGGAUGCGGGGAAGGUGGCGGUAAUGGCUGACUGUGUGGAAGCACUGGAUUAAAUGGUUCUGAUGCUGGCAGGUCUGACAUUGUGAACUCAGACUUGUACAAUACUUGAAGGAUAUAGACGCAAGCCAGGGGGACAAGGCCAGUUGGUCUGAGAAUCCUCACGAUGUCUAAGACCAAAGAGUCGGUGAAGGUGGUGGUUCGCUGUCGACCCAUGAAUGAGAAGGAGCGUGCAGCCAACUUUGAGAGGGUGGUGCAUGUGGAUGUGAAGCUGGGCCAGGUGGCCGUGCGAAACCCCCGGGGGGCUGCAGCCCACGAACACCCCAAGGUCUUUACGUUUGACUCUGUGUACGACUGGAACUCCAAACAGGUGGAUCUCUAUGAUGAAACCUUCAGGCCCCUGGUAGACUCCGUUUUGCUUGGUUUCAAUGGGACCAUAUUUGCAUACGGCCAGACAGGUACAGGAAAGACCUACACUAUGGAGGGGGUGCGCAAUGACCCAGAGAGAAGGGGUGUAAUUCCCAAUUCCUUUGAGCACGUCUUCACACACAUCUCCCGCUCCCAGAACCAGCAGUACCUGGUGAGGGCCUCGUACCUGGAGAUCUACCAGGAGGAGAUCAGGGACCUGCUGUCCAAGGACCAGUCCCGCCAGCUGGAGCUGAAAGAGAGGCCAGACACGGGUGUAUACGUCAAGGACCUGUCCUCCUUCGUCACUAAGAGUGUACGAGAAAUAGAGCAUGUCAUGAACGUGGGGAACCAGAACCGCUCCGUGGGCUCCACCAACAUGAACGAGCACAGCUCCCGAUCACAUGCCAUUUUUCUUAUUACCGUCGAGUGCAGCGAGCUGGGCGUCGACGGAGAGAACCACAUUCGAGUGGGCAAACUGAACCUGGUGGACCUGGCUGGCAGUGAGAGGCAGACCAAGACAGGAGCACAAGGAGAGCGCCUGAAGGAGGCUACCAAGAUCAACCUAUCGCUGUCAGCCUUGGGGAAUGUCAUCUCUGCCCUGGUAGACGGCAGGAGCACUCACAUCCCCUACCGCGACUCCAAGCUCACCCGCCUGCUACAGGACUCCCUGGGGGGCAAUGCCCGCACAGUCAUGGUGGCUAACAUCGGACCAGCCUCUUACAACGUGGAGGAAACACUGACCACGUUACGCUACUCAAACCGGGCGAAGAACAUCAAGAACAAGCCCCGCGUCAACGAGGACCCUAAAGAUGCUCUGCUCAGGGAGUUCCAGGAAGAGAUUGCUCGGCUCAAAGAACAGUUAGAGAAACGCUCAGGGAAGAAGAAGAAGAGGAGGAGGAGGGGGGUUGGAGAAGCUGGGGAUGAACUAGAAGAGGACACUGAGGAUGGAGAGACGGAGGAGGAUGAUGAUGGUGUAGAACCAGCUGAUAAAGUGGGUGCAGAUUAUUGGCGCGUACAGCAGGAGAAGUUGGAGAGGGAGAGGAAGGCCAUCAUGGAGGAUCACAGUCUGGUGGCGGAGGAGAAACAGAGGCUGCUAAAGGAGAAAGAGAGGAAGAUGGACGCCCUGAAAAAGGAGCAGGAGGCAGGCGAGAUGCUGACUGCCAAAGUCAAGGCGAUGGAGAGUAAGCUUCUGAUGGGUGGGAAGAACAUAGUAGACCACACCAAUGAGCAACAAAGGAUCCUAGAACAGAAGAGACAGGAAAUCGCUGAGCAGAAACGCAGAGAGAGGGAGAUGAAACAGCAGGUGGAUAAUCGUGAUGAGGAGACGCUGGAGUUGAAGGAGACAUAUAGCUCUCUACAACAGGAAGUAGACAUCAAGACCAAGAAGCUGAAAAAGCUGUUUGCGAAGCUGCAGGCAGUGAAAACUGAAAUCCAUGACGUCCAGGAGCUACACAGCAAGGAGAGACAGGAGCUGGAGCAGACUCAGAACGAGUUGACCAGGGAGCUCAAACUCAACACGACUGACCUUGUCGUUCUGUCUGCCAGGCAUCUCAUCAUUGAGAAUUUCAUCCCCAUGGAGGAGAAGAAUAAGAUUGUGAACAGGGCGUUGUUGGACGAGGAGGACGACCGCUGGAAGAUGCGUCCGAUCACCCGCAUAGAGGAUGACCAGCAGAUGAUGACCAGGCCAGUGUCAGCGGUGGGCUACAGAAGACCCCUGAGUCAGCAUGCCCGUACCUCCAUGGUGAUGAAGGCUGACGUUAGGUACAAGGCUGAGAAUAUCCUGAUGCUGGAGAUGGACCUGCCCGCUCGGACCACUAAGGAGUAUGAGGAGCCGGUCAUAGCGCCCAUGGUAGCAGCGGCGUUGGAGGAAGCACUGCGUGAGGAAGAUGAGAUUCAGGUGGAUGCCUCCGGGUUCCACAGCAGCGGACCCACCCAGACCACCAGCACUGGGGCCGGCAAGAAACCAAAGUCUGGCCGACCUAAAACGGGUAAGAAGACUGUCACCCCCACCUCUCCAUACAGCCCCUCCAGCCCAGGACAUCCUUUAUACCCACAAUCCCGUGGGCUGGUGCCUAAGUGAUCACCCCACAGCUUUCUGUUUUGGGACCCAAAGACUGCUUUUUGUUUAGUUUUUCUGCUGAGUCUUGCAGACUGAUUUGCAGAGAAAGUAAAGGAGACUCAGAUGCAAGCUUAUUUUUAUUUUACCUGAGAACGUAGCUGUUUAUAAUGUUUGUGUUUUUUAAGAGAUUUGUUACAAUCUUACCAUCCCAAAUGGUUUCUGGACCAAUACUUUUCUGAGCUGCACGUUUCCUCCUGAGCCCCCCCCAGGUCUGCAGUAUAAUGGGAUGUGGGGGGGGGGGGCUGACAUCUGAUGGGGCACAUGACGGCUGUUACAUGUCAUUAACAUGCUGUGUGUUUCUGUGCUGUAUGUCUGUCCAGAAGUGGUUGUGCUUCCUACUUUAGGUUUACAAUGGAGUGCUGUUAUCCAGGAGGUCUGUUGCCCUAGAUAAGUGGGGAGUCUGUCUGUACUGCAUGGUGAACUGUACAGGCUGGAGGGUGAAGCACACUACAACACGUCUCUGUCGCACGGUGGGGGCCGGUUGCUGCUGGAAUCACUAGAUGCUGUUCUUUCUGGCGCACAUGAUGGAGGACAUGACGACAGGGAGAGGAGGAGGGCGACAGGGAGAGGAGGAGGAGGGCGACAGGGAGAGGAGGAGGAGGGCGACAGGGAGAGGAGGAGGAGGGCGACAGGGAGAGGAGGAGGAGGGCGACAGGGAGAGGAGGAGGAGGGCGACAGGGAGAGGAGGAGGAGGGCGACAGGGAGAGGAUAGUGGGGAACUAGAGGUCAACACAAACCAAAUCUAUCAGGGUUCCAAGGUGCCUUUAUAUUCUCCUACAGGGACAGGCUACAGGAGAGGAUGGAUGGAUGGGUUUAUCGUUUCCCCAGCCUCAUCUUUAUCAACCUCACAUCUGGCUGUGUUCCUUGGAAUCAACUGAUUUCUUGUACUUGAGAGGGGUUGAAUGGAGUUGAUGGUUGGGACUAAUAACUAAUUGUAAAACAUACUGUCCGUAAAACAUUUAUAGGUUAACAAGAGCAGCCUGAAAUACUGUACGAAAAACCGACUAAAAAAGCAGGAGCUCUUCUACCUAUUAUAUCAGAGGCCUCCAUCAAAAUAAAAUAGACUUGGUCUGGAAAAUGAAGGUAGCUUUCCGUGUAUGUUUUGGAUAAAUAUGCAGUCUUAAUUCACAGGGCUGCAACCUGCAUGUCUAACUACUGUCCCCACCUCCAGUCACUGUGAGAGCUGUGCUGCCGCUUGCUGCUGCUGCUACUGGGUUCUACUACCCUGUCACAUAGUAUCUACAAAUAUAUAUAGAGAGAGCAAUGUCCAUAGAUAAUCCUGCAGCACCUUUUGUUGUACAAAUGAUACAAGUAAAUAGGUCUCAAUAUUGGAGAAGUUAACUUAUUACCACUUUCGUUCAUUUUUAUAAACAAGUGUAGAUGAAAAAGUUUUAAGUUUUAUUUUUGGAUUUGUAUAAUUUCAAGUUUCUGUACACAUUUUAAUGUUUUAUUGGUUACUUUUUUUUAUCCAACACAGUACGCAUUUAAUAAAUGGCUUUAGUUACUUCAAAUCUUUAGGUUAACUUUAAUUUAUAUUUUGAAGUUGGAUCAACGUCAAUGUUUUAUAUGGGAAAGAUGUGUUCUCUUAAUGUGAUGUUGACUCAGAUUGUGUGUGAAAGUAAAUGUUGGGACAUGUAUAUACAGAAUAUAGCAAACAUUAGGAACACCUAUUGAGCUGCAUCCAUCCAUCCCUCCCCUCACAACGGCCUCAGUUCGUCAGGACAUGGACUCUACAAGGUGUUGAAAGCAUUCCACAGGGAUGCUGGCCCAUGUUGACUCAAAUGAUUCCCACAGUUAUGUCAAAUUGGCUGGAUGUCCUUUGGGUGGGGGACCAUUCUUGAUACACAUGGGAAACUGUUGUGAAAAACCCAGCAGCGUUGCAGUUCUUGACACAAACCGGUGUGCCUGGCACCUACUACCAUACCCCGUUCAAAGGCUCUUGUCUUGCCCAUUCACACCAUCCAGAUCUCAAGACUUAAAUCCUUCUUUAACCUGUCUCCUCCCCUUCAUCUACACUGAUUGAAGUGGAUUUAACAAGUGAUCAUAGCUUUCAGCUGGUCAGACUCAUGGAAAGAGCAGGUGUUCCUAAUGCUUUUGUUGACUGUGUACAUUUGCCAUGAGAAUCUUUAUCCCCUGAUUAAAUUACUUCUCUGAUCUUAUGAAAGCUGACAAUUACACUACAUAUUGCAUGAUUUGAGAAAUCUUAUCAAUUGUCACCAAGCCAUAGAAUUUGGUAAAUGUGAAUGUCUUAAUAUGCUUGAUAAUCCCUACAUUUUACCGCACCACACCCAGAAUCCAUGUAUCUGUGUAGAAGACGUUUGACUGAGAUGAAUCUCUGAUAUUGUUUUAGCCAAGUUAAGUGUGCUGGUGCACUAUAAUCUGGUGCUGACUAGGAAUGCAGAAGUCCUCAUUUUCUUGUACAUUUCUUUUAAUAAAAGACUUAAUUACA